UGUGGAGCAGAAGUUAAUUUUGUUCUUUUUAUUUUUUUUUAUUAUUGUGCAACUGAUGUUUUUCCCGUCAGCUCCGACUGCUCUGCAUUCAGUGUUCCUGUAGUACGACCUGCAGCCCCCUCCAGAUUACAGCACCUCUGCAGGAGUAUAGCAGGGGGAAGGCUCUUAAGGUACUUGUAGGUAGGAUAAGGCAAGAUAGAUGGAACAAGUAAGGGUUGUGUUCCUGCUGUUUCUGAUCUCUGCUGUCUGCUCUGGUGCUGAAGAAUUAGGAGAAGAGUGCCCUGCUCUAUUGUGGGUCCAAUUUAACAGCAGCUGCUACGCCUUCAUUUAUCCAGCAUCGAAGCCUUCACUCAACAUUGAGAGUGCUCAUGACCUCUGCAAAGAUAUUGGCGGUGACAUAAUAAGCAUCAAUACCCAGGAGGAAAACGCGUUCUUGCUGACAAUGUUACAAACUAAAUGGAAAGGCUCCAAAAAGAUUUUGCUGGGCAUGUUCUAUGAUACUGAUGAUGACUCUCUCAAAUGGUUCGACAAGUCUGCGGUAACUUUCUCAAACUGGAGACAGGGACAGAUAUUCCAAGGAAACUUAAUCACCUGCGUGACCAUGGAUGCGCUGACUGGUCUGUGGGAUAUCAACGACUGUGAUCACGUUGCAGUAUCAUCAGUAUUGUGUAAAACAUUAUAUACCCCAGGGACAACGAGGAAAACUGACCUAAAAACCCUAAGGAUUACCUUAAUCACUGCAUUUAUGGCAAUAGUACUAGCAGUACCCAUAAUACUGUUAGUAAUGCAUAAAAGAAAAAUGUGGCCUUUUGGAUUUUCAUCACGACAUUCGCAGGGGGCAACACACAUUCUCCCAUACAGUGAUGACGCAAUACUGGUGGACACAAUGGAGAGAGAAGAUUAUGCAUAAAGUGGGCAAUUAUUGCAUAGGUCAGGGAUAGCCAAACUCCGUUAAUAUUUUCCAAAUAAUCAAUGGAUUCUUUUUUUCAAAUGUGCCAGUAAUUACUACACCUGUGCACCAGCUAGGAGAUCUUAAAAACACAAGCUUUUACGUUUUAUUGAGGACAGACUUUGGCCACCCUGACAUAGGCGAACACACGGAAUAUUAGAAAAAUGUACAGUAUGCAAUCAGACAGCAUACAAAUGUUAAAACCUUGGAUGCACUAAAAGACGUGAUGUAACAUGAGAAUCAGCAGCAAUCAUUGGAAAAUUACAGAGACUUUUGGACAAUAACAAUAUUUUUUAUACUGAUAUUACAAUUUGGAGACGUAAAAGGAUUAUGCAUUCUGCUGAACACCACUAGCAUUCAAGGGCUGUUUCAGCUCUAACAUUACUCAAUACCAGGGGCGGAUCCAGAAGAAAAUGAUAGGGGGGGCACCAUGGAAGGGGAAGUACAUUUGAGUGCGGCUUCGGUGCAUGUGAGGUGGCGCUUCUUAUACAAUGCCCACAGUUGUAGCGCUCAUUAUGCAAUGUCCACUGUACUGGUAGUGCCCCUUAUAUAGACCCCAUAGUAGUGGUGCCCCUUAUGCAAUGCCCGUAUUGCCCCCUGUAGUAAUGUUGCCUGUGGUAAUGCCCGCAGUCAUUUAGUGAGUGUGGCCAAUUAAAAUGAGACGUGAUACACAGACAUAUGCCCCCAAUAGUGCAGUGCCAAAUCCACAAUUGCACCCACAGUGCCAGAUCCACAAUUGCCCCCACAGUGCCAGAUCCACAAAUGCCCCCACAGUGCCAGAUCCACAAAUGCCCCCACAGUGCCAGAUCCACAAAUGCCCCCACGGUGCCAGAUCCACAAAUGCCCCCACGGUGCCAGAUCCAAAAAUGCCCCUACAGUGCCAGAUCCAAAAAUGCCCCUACAGUGCCAGAUCCAAAAAUGCCCCCACAGUGUCAGGUAUACAAAUUCCCCCACAGUGCCAGGUAAACAAUUGCCCUCACAGUGACAGGUAAACAAUUGCCCCCACAGUGCCAGGUAUACAAUUGCCCUCACAGUGCCAGGUAUACAAAUGCCCCCACAGCAGGUAUACUAUACAAAUGCCCCCACAGCAGUUCUGCAGCUGCUUACCGCUGCUGCUGCUUCUCUGCCGGCUCUGAGGGUGUCAGGAGGAGAGCGCGGCUAUGUCUGGCGGCGUGUAGGACUUCAAACUAGCCGCCAGUUCGUGAGCCAAUGAGAGCUCGCAGACCGGCGGCUCCUGAUUGGCUGCCGGUCCGCGAGCUCUGAUUGGCUCACGAACCGGCGGCUGGUUUGAAGUCCGCAACACGCCGCCAGAUCGCCGCGCUCUCCUCCUGACAGCUGAGACACGCUGCCGCUGGACUGAGCGGCAGCGUGUCUCAGUGACACAAGCGGGGGGGGGGGACGGAUGGGGCCACAAAUGACAGGGGGGACACGGGCCCGAGUGCCCCCCCCCCCUGAAUCCGCCACUGCUCAAUACCAACUGCAAGUAUACAACAAGCAAACCUGUGCCAGUGAAGGACCAAAUUUCAAAGCUGGCUGAAACACUAAAAGCACAGACCACUAAACAGUGUGCUAAAACUCCUUAUUAUACUCCAUAAUAGCACUCCCCUAAUUCCUAUAGUCAUCAGUAACACAGUUCUAUUCCACAUGUCACCACAACAAAAAGCAAGCUCCAUUAAUUGCACAUUUCUUUUUGCUGUUAUACACAGUCCUGAUUCCUGCCCAAUCAAUGACAAAUUAAAAUGAUGCAAACAUACCUAGUUGCCAGCAUUUGAAAGAGUCUGCAGAUAUAGGUCAUUGCAUAUUGGUGGACCAUAGCGUUCUGCAAUCCCCAUAGGGCCUCUAAAUGUGAUAAUUUAAGCAAUUUAGUACAUCCACACCAUACUUAGUAAAUUAUCACACCAAGAGAGUUAAAAAAUAAAUAAAAUACAAUUACUAUAAUGUAACCUGCAAAGAAUAUAUUGUUUUGCGAUUGAAUAUGAAAAAUUCUGUGUUCACUUUACAGAUUAGAAUAUCUAAUACUCCUUCUGCAAAAUAUUAUACACAUAUGAAAGUAAAACAAAAUCUAAGAUUCCAAUAUCAUCUUAAUGUGACACUAAAUGGAAAAUAAAGUGUAAUAAACUGUUGUUCUCUA